AUGUUGUUUCCCGCCUCCCUGCUCGUCGUCCCGCUGUUGACGUACCCCGUCUUUGCUCAGACAUACACUGACUGUGAUCCCACCAAGAAAUCAUGCCCGGCUGAUCCCGCCCUUGGCACCUCCACCUACAGCCACGACUUUACCAAGGGUGCCGACGACGACAACUGGAAAGUCACGGCAGGAAGCAUCAACUACACCAAGGAUGGCGCCGAGUUCACCGUUGCCAAGGCAGGCGACGCCCCUACCAUCAAGUCCAAGUGGUACAUGUUCUUUGGCUCCGUCUCCUUUAUCAUGAAGUCGGCCCCUGGAACCGGCAUCGUGUCGUCUGCCAUUCUCCAAUCCGACGACCUGGACGAAGUCGACUGGGAGUUUCUCGGUGGCGUGCCGGAAAAUGUCCAGACAAACUACUUUUCCAAGGGCAACACAAAGACAUAUGACCGCCAAGCCAACGCUUCGAUCCCCUCGGGCAACUCGCAGACGGCCACGCACAACUACACCAUUUCCUGGACAAAGGACAGCCUCGAGUGGAUCAUUGACGGCGCCGUCAUGCGCACCGUCUCGUAUGCCCAGGUCAACGACGCCUAUGGAUACCCACAGACACCCAUGAACGUCCGCAUCGGCAAGGGUCGCCAGUAA